UGCAUUUUGCAAUAACUGAACAUGUUUAUCAAAUGUUGGACAGAACAAAACAUAUCUUCAUCCAUGAACUUGAUGAGUGAGAUGAUAACAACUGAUGAUAACAACAGGUCCAAUCCUGUCUGUCAGCUGUUUGUGGUUGAUGAGCACUGGGUGGCACUUCAGGAAGCAGACAGAGCUGGGUUGCAGUAGUAGUUCCUCAACAGCGCUUCUUUGCAAAGUCCAGGAGUCACAUGGAGUGAGGAGAGUGUCGUGCUAUGCUGCUGGAGGAUGGCUGGGUAAGUGCUGCGAAGGUCCUCAGCAGAGGUGCUGAGGUACUGGAGACAGACCAGGAGGAAGGAAACAGCAUUAAACUCGAAUGAGAAGGCUGCAGAUCUGGAUGGAGCUCAACGGUUCCUGGUGGGAGAGCUUACAUAGAAUGAAGAUCCAAGUAAACAACACUUGAAGAGUGAAGAGAAACUCUAAUCUAAUAUGUACCAGGAAGAUUUCGGGAACAUGACUGAAGGGACCAGGAACAGCAAUGACUCCUCUUCCACCUUCAUUCACACCAGCACCAUGAGUGCCAUUCUGGUCACUGUCUACUCGGUUGCCUUUGCUGGAGGUGGAAUUGGGUCCAUCGCCAUGUCCUUCGUGCUCGUCAAGAUGAACACUCUGUCUGUGACCACGACUGCCGUCAUUAACCUGGUCGUUGUGCACAGCCUCCUCCUUUUCACGGUGCCCUUCCGCCUCCACUAUUAUGUCAAAAAGAAGUGGGUAUUUGACAUGCCAUUUUGCAAAAUGGUGAGUGCCAUGGUGCACAUCCACAUGUACCUGACCUUCAUAUUUUAUGUGAUCACGCUGGUGAUCCGGUGGCUCAUCUUCUUUCAGUGGAGGGACAAGGUGGAGUUUUACAGGAAGCUGCACGCCAUUGGGGCGAGCGCUGCCGUGUGGGUCUUCGUCAUGGUCUUUGUGGUGCCGCUCUUCUACUUCGAGUAUGGACGCUCAGGCUUAUACAAUAAUACAACAUGCUUCAAGUUCCACAAAGAACUACAGCAUGAGAGUGUGAAAGCCCUGAACUACACCGUAAUUGUAGCUGUUGCCCUCAUUUCUUGUGUCCUCUUGAGCUUGCAGAUUUUUAUCCUGGUAAAAGUGGUGAGAAAAUUUUCCACCUCUCUCUGUUCACAUCAAGAAUUCUGGGCCCAGGUGAAAAACCUGAUUUUCAUCUGGAUCAUCAUAAUUUGGUUCCUUCCCUAUCACCUGUUCAGGGCCUACUACAUACAGAGUGAUUUUGACCAGUUAGAAAGCUACAAUGAGGUUUUUUUGAGCCUGACUGCCCUGAGCUGUCUGGACCUGCUGUCAUUCGUGCUGAGUGGAAGCCGCUUCUUCAAGCAAAAUGUGGGGAUGCUCCACAGAAGGUUGCCUUGCUGCUAGCAUCAGCCUCCUGCAGUGUCCUGCAGGUCCUGCAGCAUGUGCAGGACCUGGGAUAGGACAGUGAUACAGUGAUGGACAGACACAGCAAACUCACUCCUCAGCAAGUUGAGGGUGUGCUCUGGAAAUGGUGCAACAUGCUCGCACAGGGCUUUGCACAUCAGCUUCCUGGAGUAAUAGAACAAACGGCCUCCAGGGUCUCAGCUAGUAAACAGGAAGGUGACUUCAGCGAUUUCCUCAUGGUGCUACCCAGUGAUCUGUGGAUGGACCUGGAGAAAAGGGAAGAAAGUUCAUGGCUCUUCUGUCUUACUGUUUUUACAUCAAAAUUUGUGAAGUCAAAGGCACUAGGGGGAGACUUGAUAACUGUGAUGCAGAAACACAAAUAAGGAAGCUAGUUUAUAUGGACUAAGGUACAGAUUAUUGAAAUGUAAAUAUCUAUAUAAUUUCCCAUACAUUUCAUAUUUAUUUCCCAUAAGCUCUCAUAAAAUAUCAGGGAAGACAUUGUUCUUCCUGAGCAGGUCUGUUUCUUUACUGUUAAGUGUAACUUUCUAAGUGAAUUGAACUAUUAAACCACCUAUUUAAAAAACUAAAUCAGUGAUAGAUAGUUAUUUCUUAAAAUAUUUUCUCAAAAUCACUUUUUGAGAUGGUAUCACUGCAGCAGAAAUUAAUUUUAUCUUUCUCACAUUAUGAAUAUAUGUCAAAAAAAUUAUACACUAUUACUGAAAUGGACAUUGCAAGUUCAAACAAAAGCCUGUAUUAUCAUUCACAAAAUUUUUCAGUUAAAAGUAAUAUUUUACAGUCAGGACGAAAUUUUAGAUCAUUCAGACAGAAUUUGUCUUCUCUUAAAAAGACAAAUAUCUUAGGCAUCCAAGGUAGCAAUGGCUUUUUGUAAAUCUUAUGUUGAUUUUGUGCAUUUAUGAAGUAUAUAAGUAGUUACUCACAGUGUCUUUAGCUUGGAAGCAGUUCUAUAAAUUUUGUACCCUGUAUGGAUGGAAGGAAUGAAAAUAUUGCUGCUUGGAUUGGAGGGAUGGAAAAAGCUAAUAGCCCUAGUGUAGCUGAAAAGCAUAUUAUAUCUCAGUGAGACAUUGCCAGUUGCUGUGCCUGAAGACAGAAAUAAAUUCCACUAAAAAAGAUUAAAAUUUUGGUAAAAUGUUUCUAUGAAAGGCAUUCAGCUUUUAUAGCUCAGCUGCUUUAUACCUAUCCCUAAAAAAGAAUAUGAAUCUCAACUCAUCUAAUGCAAGACAUCAAUGGCUUGCAUUAGAGGAGCUGAGAUUUAUAUUCUUUAUGUUUCUUAUAUCUUUAUUUUUCUUGCCAUCUGCAUAAGGUCACAUUUUUUUCGCCUAGAAUUAGUGGGAUAAUAAUUUAAUCAUUUAACUAAUUAGAGGUUAUCAGCUGAUCAACUUCCAUGAGAGUCUCUCCUCAUGAUGCUGUUGAAAUCCACCUUUUCACUCUUGUGAAUCUUUCCAUUCCUUUCUGCUUCACCUUCAACAUUUCUUGCACAUCAGACAGCAAUAAAAUAACAAUUGGUUGAUGUUGUUGUACCUGUGCAAUCUCAUUGCUGCGUUCAUUGCUUUUGGUCCCACCAAGAUUGUUACUUUUAUGGGAUCCCAUCUCUUCUGCAGUCUUCCUACCUUGUCUUCCUUCCUUUUUGCUUCAAAGUCCUUUGUAUAUAUCAAGAUGUUUGAUCAUAAAAAGGUAUUUUCAGGUCAGAGUAUGAGUCAUGCUAUACAACACCAAAAGGUGGAAAUCACUGAAGUUCAUAACACAAGUGAGAUGUUGGGAAGCUCUCAUGGCUCACCCUUUGCAGACAGCCUGGACCACAUCUGUACAGAAAGAAAUGUUAGAGCUUGCAGUGUGUGUGUAUCUGAGAAAAAUCUGACCAAGAAGUCUUUGGUGCCCAAAGGAUCACAGUAAAAAGGAUGACAGCUACCAGCCAGAUUCAACAGUAGUUGGGGAGCUACUUUCAAAACAUGGAGAGAAUCAACUUGGGUGUGUAGCUCACUAUUAGUUAACUGUGUGUCAUUAAGAAAGCAAUAAACUGCUAUGAUACAAAUUUGUUUUAAAGCUACACAAAUAAAUAAUAUUCUCCUUGUGGUGGAAAAGGAUGGAAAUUGGCAUAACAUUUUUGUUUCCUCCCCUAGCAACGUGGUUGGUUAAAGAAAAUGCCUUGCAUGCAUUCUGUAGGCACUGUAUAGCUUUGUAACAUUAUAUUAUAACCUUCUACUAUAAUAAAGUUAUUAACAAAC